UGCUGCUCUAUUCAAUUUCCCCCAAAUAAAUAGGCCUAUGCAUAACCCCCAUUUUCUUCUUUCCUUCUCCUCUGAUUUAUAAGCUUUAUAUUCUGCCCUGUGUUUCUUCCUUAAUCACCAUUCUACCACUCUGGUUGUUCUAGCCGCUGCUCACCGGAAAAUAUCGUACUCCCUUCUCAAUUUAAGUAUCACUUUUUUUUUUAUAUGUCGAGAAAAAAAUUUCUAUUUUUAUUUUUAGUAAGUUGACAAAUAUCGCAAAUUCAAAAUCAUAAGAUUUAGAUGAUAUUUUAUUACAUUAGACAUAUCUUUAAUCUACCGUCAUAAGAUUCAAAAGUUUCUUUUUAUUCAAACUUUAUGCACAAUCAAACUAAGACACUUGAGUUGGGGACGGAGAGAGUAUUUUCUACACUGUGAUGGCAUCUCCGAGAAGUCACCGGAAACUAAUCGAUGAGAAGAAUCGAAAAGGAAAGUUAUCGGAGAAAUUCAUGUCGUUUCAAGGAGAUAUUUCAGGGACCGUUUCGGAGAUGUCGCGAAGGCCUAGAACUGUUCCAAACUUGUUUUCCGGCAAUGGACCUAACGCCGGUUCUCUGCCGGAGUUGCAGGUUAGGCCGAAGUUGACGAAGUUGCUGUUGAAUGUUACGAUUCAGAGGAGUCUAGGCCCUGUACAGGUGUUGAUAUCACCGGAAUCAACCGUAGAUGAUCUAAUCGCCGCCGCUAUACGGCAGUACUCGAAGGAAGAAAGACGUCCAGCACUUUGCUCCAUGGAUUCCUCCGGUUACGGUCUUCAUUACUCGCAGUUCAGCUUAGACAGUUUGGACAGUGCAGAGAAGCUGAUGGCGUUGGGAACAAGAAACUUCUUUUUGUGCCCCAAAAAAUUAGGCCCUGAAACUUCGAUGUGCGGUGAAUUAACGGCGUCGUCUUCAAGAUGUAAAAAACAAGCCGACAUUGAUAUCAGUAUGUAUUUGCCUUGGCCCAAAUUCAUGGAUUUCUUGCUGUGAAAAUUUACAGCUUCUCAACAUGGUAACUUCUUUUUACCCCCUCAGAUUUCUCAAGGGCGGAUUAUAGGGCAAUUUAUGGUGCCUGUGAACUCAUGAUUUCUUCGCCAAAUUAGAUAUUUUAUGUACAUAUUUUCUAGAAUUGACCUAAUAUUAUCUGCUAGUAUCCAUGCUCCAAAAAGGCUAAAUAUGAUGCACUUGAUUGAAUGCUAAGUUAUUUACUAAGUUACCUCUGAUUGUACAUAAUCCUAAUCACUGUGGAAGCUCCGUGUAAACGAACCCCACAUGUAGCAGCCUUUCAGGUUGUCUUGAUGUAAUUAGUUCAAUCUAUUCUGUACAGUUAUUUGUAAAUAUUUUUUAUGUGACCUCAAAGUAUAAAAUUUCUCUUGCAGCUUUCUCUCUAUAAAAGUAAACUCAUUAUAUGUA